CUCCUCUUUCCACCAACGGUGUGGACUUCAUCAAUAUCCAUCGUCUCUUUCUCAUGCGAUGAAUAUCAGCGGUUUUGAGUUAGUUCAAUCUGUGGAAUCCGCUUUCUGUCCGAAUGGAUUUUGCAGCUCCGUUGUCCCACUGUGUUUUGCUGGUGUUAGCCCUGGCUGCGCUCGGAAUCGAUCAACUUUGGGGUGGCACCAUUUUUCGUUUGGUGAACAUGUGUGCCGUGUGUGCUUCGAAUUCCUCGGGCGUAAGCCCCAUUGUGUCGAUUCCGCUUGGCGACACCGCUUGAGUUCAUGGAGGCGAGAGCGGAGUCGUAAAUCGAGCACUCGCGGCCGUCAGAUUGGAACCACUGAGGCCGACUUCCUCGCUGCGCAAUUAUUACCCUGGUGGCUACAGUGUCGUCUAUGCGGCCGUUGGCGGCAGUUACCUCCGCGUCGACCUAUCGGUGACCCAGAUUCUGCAUAUCACCCCAAUGUCUUCACCUGCUCGUCUGUGAUAAAGCUCUCCACUGAUCCAUGCUCAUGGCCGGUUGAUGAGCGAACAACUCUGGUUCUCGAACGACCGUGUGAUUUUCUCUCUAGUAUGCGAGUUCACGCAUGGCUUCAAGCUGUCCCUGCCUUCGACGCUCUCUGCACCUUCGGUGUGGACCUUACGGGCCUCUCGAUGGAUUCUCUUCCAGGUUCAACCCAUGAGAACUUGACUUCUGAAAGCAAAACUGCUCACUGGUUUCCAUUUGGAGAUAAUUCUCCCUUCCCUGCUACCGAUCUGCUCACAUGGGAGCGCGCAUCUUUUCCGGAAAUGGUUCGAUUUCCGACAUUGUAUUUGGCCGUGCGAAAUUUGAUUCUCUGUCUAUGGUACUCUGCUCCAAAGCGUUUACUCACUUCCAAACUUGUCUCUGACCACUGCUUCGUGCGGGGACUGCUACGCAUCGUGCUUUGCGAACAUUGGAUCCCACGUGUGCUGGAAGAAUUUACUUGUCGUGGUCUUAUCAACUUCGGCGCCUGUGAGAUCUACCACCCCGCCGCCGCCGCCACCGCCGAAAUGGAGCCAUCAACCAUCUUGGAUGAGUAUACACAACGCAAGGGAACCGAACUUUCCGUACGAUUAUUGGGACCACUUGAUCUGUGCACUGCUGUCGCUACACGUCAGAUCCUGAACGGUAUCCUAACUCACCAUUCGAAUCGCUGCAAGCAAGACGAUUCAAGUCAGUCCACUCUGAUCCCCUCAGUGGACGUGCGUCUCCAACCCAUGCUGAAGCCGUCGGUAUCUGACGAUCAGAAUCCGCUUGAUGAACUCUGGAUUUCGCUCCCUUCAGCAAUUUCGAAUGUUCCCUGUCAACCAGAUGUCACAACUCCGCCAUCGCCUUCGAAGGAUAGUGGAGAUGAUGCUGAUCAACCGAUCCAGGUGUCGAUUGCAGCUUCAACAUUUCAGUCAUCGGUCCUUGAGGACAACGACCUUUCCGCUGGGAGACGCAUUUCUAUGCCUGCUCACUUUUUGUCUGAUCGAGUGCAUCUUCAUCGUUGUCAUCCAGUGUCCACUCUCGCCCAACAGACGAAUAUGUCACUACUUCCUGUGCAUCCGAGUUAUCUAUUUGAAUCGCAAUCUGCGGUGGAUUCCGGUAAGAAAACGUUGAAACCGGUUUCUACGGAUGCAAUGGUACGCAUGGAAUUUCACGUUGAGGCGGUUUUGGACAUGAUUGCCCAGAUCGACGAUCAAACACCGCCGGUCCCAGCGGACCACAAAGCUUUAACCGCAUCUGUACAAGACAGUUGGGACAUGUUUGAUGCGAAGGUUCGCGAACGCGUGACCGAUUUGGAUAACUCCGAGUUCGAGAAGCGUCUAGCGGAUUACUAUCUGGCCUCAGUCGAAUACGAUCUCACCGAACCGUUGACGAUCAACCCCGCUCACACUACCCUCACCAAUCCAAUUGCACGGUUGGACCAACUGCCGACCGGACGUUACUCCGAAUUCCUCACCGAUCACGCGACUGGUACAGACACUGCCAGCACCAACGCACCUCCAUGGUCUGCACACACUCUCACCGAUCCGAGCCGCCUCCACAAGAGUGGGGCGGCCAGCAUAUGCGCCUCACUCUUGUCGUCGCAUCUCACUCGGACACAGCCCUCAGUUAGGGUGCUCGGUCUCAGCGUGCAGAGUGCAGAAGCCACUGACUCGGCGGCCUCCAUCGUCCGAGUUGAUUAUCGGCAGGCCGAAUCCACCCCGCGCGUCGGGAAUGGGUUCACGCAAUCCAUCGACACUGGAGAAAUGUCCACGAGACGACCCGUCGUUUGUCUACACUCACAAAAGGAGGAUACGGUGGAACGUGUGGACUGGGUUGUACUCUGUGCAUCGCCACAAACCCUACGGUUCAUCUUCGCGGACGAAGUUCCCAGCACCCUCACACAGCCUGUUUGUGAGUCGGAGACAACCCAUUCCGCUUCGGCGGAGACGUUUUUCGUGUGUCUACCUAGCAGUUUGAAACGCGUCGUUUUGGCAGAGGAGCCAGAGAAUAACUGGAAUGCCAAAGAGCCUCACCCAGAUGAGACCCUUGUGGAGUCCGUCGACAUCGUGUCAGACACCACAGCGCGACUGAUCACUGUGACCUUGAUCUACUCCUCCGCUUGGUGGCGUCCAGCUCUUGCGGAGGCCAGUUCCGAGCCAGCUAUCGCUUUUGGCAUAAAUCACGCUGGCCGUUUGAGCAACUCCUCGGUAGUGCACGGGGAUGUGCUACAUUACUUCUCUUUUUUGCCCACAAGCAGAAACUGCCGUUCCUUCUGUCACAUGUUCCGGGACGUGUGUCCAUCGCUCAGCUCACCCGGCGUGUUGCAAACGCAGAUUUUCGCCGCAGCCGCCGAUCUUUGGUGGUCCAAACCUGAUGCAGAUCUCAUCACUGCCGUCGACCAAUACUUGCACUCCUGUCUCGGUCAGAAGGAGAAUGAGGCGGCCGCAUCUACUCGUAAGCAUCCCAUACAUUUCCACGUGGCUCGACUGGAUCACCACUCUUUCCGGGAAGCGAGGAGCACCGUGUCAACUGUCUUGAGUGCUGAUGGUCGGCAUCUUCGUUUGAAACCUGGGGCUGCGGUCGAAUUAGCAAAGCACAGUCACAUUAUCAUACCCAGUCUCUUUGUCAAACCUAGUGUGGAUGGCUCUUGGGACCCGGAAUCUGCUCCCGAUUCCAGCGCCUUGAGCAACUUCCAUGGCAUGGACACCAUCACAUCAGCAGUGUACUCCGGUUUGCAUCUUGCUGAGGUCACUCUACGAUCAUUGCUCAAGUUUCACUCUCCCUUGGUGUCGAUGAGCACCGAUACAGAUCCAGAGAGCAGUAUCGUAGACAGCUCUCAUUGUGUUGGCGAAUUCACCGCCACCGAUGGCCACGAUUCGGACACCCAGUCUGCGAGUGACCGGCCGACCGCAUGCGAUCCCCCUCGAUCUCCCGAAACGACGGCACUCAAUGGAGGAGAGGACAUAACAUGUCCCAUGUCUCCCGUUCGGUAGGAGCGUGGGCGCUCCCCUUGUUUAAUCCUUGUCUCCGUGUUUAUUGUCUCGUUCGCUCCUUGUAUUUAACCGUGUAAAUAUUGUAAAUGUUCGAAUUCGCACACCUUAUGCUAGUGUUAUUUUUGUAUCUGUUUCUUAUUUUCGUUUGAGUCAGUCAUCAUCUUCUGUACAGCCAGAGGAGCAAGAGAUUGGAACGAUGUUAUUUGUACAUGCAUUUCCAGUUUACAGCGCUCCUCCGAUAAGCAGUUGUACCAAUAUAGUUUAAUAUAUGUUUUUUACACUGG